CCAUCUCUCAUCCCAUAUGUAUUCGUCAGGUUGAAUCACUUUCAUCCAUCUCCACACGCGCCGCUCAUGCGCGUCUCAUUAAAUCCUUCAUUUUCACCCAAUCAACGAGGGAACCCUUCCCGUUGAAAUCGGAACCGGUUAUCACCGUUAAAGCUGCUGUACCACAUGCUGUAAUAUCUGCACGAUCUGCAUAAACACAGUGUAAAUCUCGCUUCAGGACUUGUACCCUGAGAGGUAAAAAUAAAGUCCAGUGUAGUCAGAUUUCUUCAUAGCCCUUAGACAGAUGAGAGAGACAGAGAUACUUUAUGUGCAGAAAAAUACGUAUAAAUCUAUAGAUACAGAUAGAUAUACCUAAAUGUGCGCCUAUACAUACAUUUAAAUAUUCGUAGAGAGAGAGAGAACGAGUGAUCGAGGAUUGGACAGAGAAGAAGAGCGUUUUAGAGAGAGGAACUGUUUGGAUUGUUAUUCCUCGACCGCCUUGAAGUUUCUUCAGAAGAAGAAGAAGAGAGAAGAAAAACUUAGACUUCUCUCUCUUUUGGUCUGUAAUUUUCUCCUAAAAUUUGGAUGUUUUUGAAACAGAGGAUCUGAAUUUGUAAUUUUCGACAUUUGGGGUCUGAACUGGAUUGGAAAUGUUGAUCCGAAAUGCGCAUGGUUGAGAAUUGGAGCUCCGACAAGCUUAAGAAUCUAGGGUUUGGAGGUGGGGGAUAUGGACGUGGAUUCAGCGAUGUCAUCGGAAUCCGAUCACGAUCAGAAUAACGGCGCGUCGUCGGAGCAGCUAAACGGCCAGUCAUCGGCUGGAGGAUCUCCGCCGGAGACUCCUCAGGAUCAGCAGCAUCCGGCAACUUCUCAGCAGCAGCAGGGCAGUACUCCGGUGACGGGGCCGAGGUGUGCUCCGACGUACUCGGUGGUGCACGCUGUUCUAGAGAAGAAGGAGGAUGGUCCAGGGCCGAGGUGUGGACAUACCUUAACGGCUGUACCGGCGGUUGGAGAGGAGGGUAGCCCCAAUUACAUUGGUCCCAGGCUUAUUCUCUUUGGUGGUGCAACUGCGCUUGAAGGGAAUUCUGCUGCUUCAGGGACUCCUUCUGCUGCUGGAAGUGCUGGAAUUCGUUUAGCAGGUGCUACAGCUGAUGUGCACUGCUAUGAUGUUUUGACAAAUAAAUGGUCUAGGAUGACUCCCAUAGGAGAGCCACCCACGCCAAGGGCUGCUCAUGUUGCUACAGCCGUUGGAACCAUGGUUGUUAUUCAGGGUGGAAUUGGUCCAGCUGGUUUGUCAGCUGAGGAUCUUCAUGUUCUGGACCUUACACAACAACGCCCACGAUGGCACAGGGUUGUGGUCCAAGGACCUGGUCCAGGGCCACGUUAUGGCCAUGUCAUGGCUUUGGUAGGGCAAAGAUAUCUCAUGGCUAUUGGUGGAAAUGAUGGAAAACGGCCUCUAGCGGAUGUUUGGGCUUUGGACACAGCUGCCAAGCCAUAUGAAUGGCGCAAAUUGGAACCUGAGGGUGAAGGUCCACCUCCUUGCAUGUACGCAACUGCAAGUGCGCGAUCUGAUGGUCUUCUUCUGCUUUGUGGAGGGAGGGAUGCCAAUAGUGUGCCACUGGCCAGCGCAUAUGGACUUGCCAAGCAUAGAGAUGGGCGCUGGGAAUGGGCCAUUGCUCCUGGUGUGUCACCAUCCUCUAGAUAUCAACAUGCUGCUGUUUUUGUUAAUGCUCGGCUCCAUGUAUCUGGAGGGGCACUUGGUGGUGGACGCAUGGUGGAGGAUUCAUCUAGUAUAGCAGUUCUUGAUACUGCCGCAGGAGUGUGGUGUGACACGAAGUCUGUUGUCACUAGUCCUAGAACUGGCAGAUACAGUGCAGACGCAGCUGGGGGAGAUGCUGCAGUUGAAUUGACCAGACGUUGUAGACAUGCGGCUGCUGCUGUUGGUGACUUGAUAUUUAUUUAUGGUGGUCUGCGUGGUGGGGUAUUGCUAGAUGACUUGCUUGUUGCCGAAGACUUGGCCGCUGCUGAAACAACUAGUGCAGCUUCUUCACAUGCAGCAGCUGCAGCUGCUGGGAGGAUAGCAGGAAGGUAUGGGUUUGGUGAUGAAAGAACAAGGCAAACAGACCCUGAGGUAGUUAAUGAUGGCUCAGUUGUACUGGGAACUCCUGUUGCACCCCCUAUAAAUGGUGAUAUGUAUUCUGAUAUAAGCACUGAAAAUGCGACGCUUCAAGGAUCUCGGAGACUCAUCAAAGGUGUUGAAUAUCUAGUGGAGGCUUCUGCCGCAGAAGCUGAGGCUAUUACUGCCACCUUAGCAGCUGCAAAAGCUCGACAACAAAGUAAUGGAGAAGUUGAACUUCCAGACAGAGAUCGUGGAGCAGAGGCAACGCCAAGUGGAAAACAGGCGCCGUCUUUGAUCAAGCCCGAUUCUGUCUUAUCAAAUAAUUCUGCCCCAGCUGGAGUCCGGCUACAUCACCGUGCU